AUGAAAGGAGAAUCGGAUAAUCCUCCACAACUCGCGUAUUCAAAGCUCGGCAAAGACCUUCAUCGGGGCAGAUUUUCCCAUAUAAUUGCUGAACAUCCCGUGAUAGUAUGUUCCUUUAUAGGUAUAAUCGUCAUAUUAAUCAUUUUAUGCACUACCCUUGUACACGAUGUUCAUUACGAUGAAAGAGAUAAUAUCUGGGCUACGUACACACUUCUUAUAAUAGCGUGCAUCACAUUUUUGGUUGCUUUGACAUCUUUAAUGUUUGGCCCCUUUUCACUCAUGCUUAUAAGUGAGACUGGCGAUGUCCUCUUUUUCUUAAAGUUAAUCAUAACAGGUCAUUCAUGGGAAGAAAUAGGUAGAAUUAUGAAUUCGUAUCUUUUUCAGAGAGGAAUUUGGUCGACAAACAGCUACUUUUACGACGGUCAACAGUGUUAUGACCUUUUCGUACUCUAUUCCCAAAAGUGUACUGACCCUGUUAUACAGACGUUUAUAGAGCAAGCUAAAAACAAGCUGGUUGAAGGUAUUACAACAGAGUGGGAUAGAACCCAGGUUCCAAAUAAGUCACAGUCAUCUAAUGCUUAA